AUGAAUAAUCAUACAAAGUCAAUACUACCUUUUGGAUUAUUUAUUUCUAUGGGUCAUUUAACAUCAAUAUUUAGUCUUUUAUGUAUUUUAAUUCUUAUUCUUAUUAUUUUAUUUUUAAUAUUUAUUAAACAAAAAGAUAAUUAUAUUAGUGAUGAACAUGAAUUACCAAGUGAUAUGAGUACAAAUAUUAAUGAACGAAAAUCAUUAGAAUUUCAUCGAUCAAAAAAAUAUUCAUCAACAUCAAAUAAUCAACAAUAUCCAUCGAUAAGUUCAUUUCAAAUUGAAAUCGAUGAACAUAAUAUUCGUUCAACUACAAAUUUACUUUCGUCAAAAUAA